AUUGGAAUACCUUUACACACUGGGAAACCACCUCGGAACCCUCAUCGAUAAACAACUACUGUCAUGAUUGUUGUAGGGUUAAAAUUAGGCCUAAUUCUUAAAUUCUACUAUUAAAUGUGUUUUUUAUUGUGCUUUUUCCGUUGAUUCUUUGAUUGCAAUGUCUGUGGAUCAUAACAAUUACUCUCUACAUGAAUGUGUUUUUCGGGGUGAUGUUAGGAAGCUAUCAGCUCUGCUAAGGACCCAAGACGUUGAAAAAAAAGAUAAACAUGGAAACACAGCUCUUCACUUGGCUGUCAUGCUUGGGCGAAAAGAAUGUGUUCAGUUGCUGCUUGCACACAAUGCACCUGUUCGAAUUAAAAAUGUAGCUGGAUGGAGUCCUCUUGCUGAGGCAAUAAGCUAUGGGGAUAGGCAAACAAUUUCUUCUUUAGUGAGGAAACUGAAAGCUCAAAGCAGAGAACAUAUUGAAAAACGCCGUCCUAGUUUAAUUAAAGCUCUUCAUCAAAUGGGGGAUUUUUAUAUGGAAUUAAAGUGGGAUUUCACUAGUUGGGUACCUCUUGUUUCUCGUAUUCUACCAUCUGACAUUUGCAAAAUACACAAGAAAGGAUCGUGCAUUCGUUUAGAUACUACUAUAGUUGAUUUUAAUGAUAUGAGAUGGGAUCGAGGAGAUGUAAGUUUUUUAUUUUUAGGCCAUGUGAGACCAUCUGAAGCUCUUACAGUAUUGGACAAUAAAGCAUUUGUAUAUCAGAAAGUAAGACAUGAGGAGACAGAAAUGGAGAUUGAAGAUGAAGUGGACAUUCUAAUGAGUAGCGAUAUAGUUGCUGUUCAAAUGUCAACCAAAUCAAUAACAUUUUCUAGGGCUCAGUCUGGUUGGUUUUUUAGAGAAGAUAGAAAAGAAACAGUUGGAAAUUUCCAAGCCGAUGUUUAUGAUAUUAAUGGUAUGAUACUAGAUUCUAGAAAAAGGCGAGAACAUCUUUCAGAAGAGGAUUUACAAAAAAAUAAAGCAAUAAUGGAAAAACUAACUAAAGGAAAUACUCAGAUUAUUGACUGGAAUGGAGAGUUGUUACGAAGAAAUUCACUUACACCUCCUCCUGAAAGUGGUGUGAGUUGGGAACAGUAUAUAUCAGCUCUUCCUGGAGACCAUCCACCAUUAGGAAGAAGAUUGGUUAACAAAGAGACAAGCAGAGCUUUCAGAGCUACAGUUGCUAUGAGUCCAGAUUUUCCUUUGUCUGUGGAAAUGCUUCUGGAUGUUUUAGAAGUUAUUGCACCAAUUAAACAUCUCAAUAAAUUAAGAGAGUUCAUACAGUUGAAGCUUCCUCCAGGAUUUCCAGUAAAAUUAGAUAUUCCUAUUCUGCCAACCGUUACUGCCAAGAUUACUUUUCAAGAUUUUGCCUUUCGUGAUGAUAUAGAUCAAAAGUUGUUUGAAAUUCCACCAUAUUAUAAAGAGGAUCCAAACAGAUUUCCAGAUAUAUGACCGGAGCAAAGUGUAUGUCUUUGUGAAAGUGGAGUUGAACUGGAGUUUUGCUCUGGCUCUUCAUGUCUCAUAAUUAUUGAUGAAUAAUAAUCCAAGCCUAUCACAUAUCUUUGAUCUAAAGUGCUGGCCUUUAAAUGAAUAAUAGAACCAAGUGGGAAUUUUCAUCUUCAUUAUCAACCACGUCACCAUCAAUCAAAACAAUAAUUAUCUUACAUGUUGUGUUUAGGGUGAAAGAGGAUACAGAAAUUUUAUUAUUUGAUAUUUUUCUACAAUUAUUUAUGCAAGUAUGUAAUAUGUAAUUGAAUAUCUUCUUAAGUAGUAUGUGAGUGAACGUGUGAGCGUGCUUGUGUGUUGUGAAUGCAAGUAUGUGUACCAAAGAGAUCCAUCCUCAUAGUUGAAUGAACAUGCUGUGAAUAGCUAGUCGAUUCGUACAAUUUUUUUUUUUUUUAAUUUGUUUAGUGCAGUCUGAUUAUAUAUACCUAGCUUUAAAUUUUAUUUGGAUUCAGAAAAGGUACACUUGUCAGUUGAUAUUUCUCGAAAUAUUUAUUUACUAUUUUGAUGUAAACUUGCUCAUUUAUAAAUUUUUUUUAAUGGGUUAAUCAUAAAAUUUUGUUUAAUUCCAGUUUUAUUGUAUAUUAGAUUUUAUGUAAGUGCACAUGAUUUUUGAUAAGACAAAGGAGUUCUUCAAGUUUUUCCUUAAAUUGACUUUUUGACUACUUCUUUGUCAAGUACUAAAAGCAUGUACUAAUCUUUUGUAUAUAUGUUAGGACUAUAUACUACUGUACAAUCAUAUACUACUGUACUCAUAUGCAUUUAUGUUAAUUUCUAAGCCAGAAAUAUGAAAAACAUUUUUACACUGACUUGUCUACCUUUCUUGAUUUCCUAUCUUGAAGUGUUCAAAAGAAGUAUGCAUAUCUCAGCAUUACAUAUGUUUACCAGAUUUGACUUUGAGACUUAAUUUUUCAUCAAAUUUACCAAAAUGUUUUCUAUACUCUUGUGUUUUAAUUUAUCUAUGUAUAUAAUUUAUUUAUGUAU